GCGCAGUUUUAUUUUUUAUUGGGGGGAGGGGAGAAAACGAAAAGAAAGCUUCCCACGUGUUCUUUCCUCGGCUGACCCCGGAAGCGAUUCCUUGCCUUGCCCUCGGUUCCCUUUGCUGCCUUCAGUGGCAACUCAAUUCUGGGCGCGGGAAGGAGCCGGCGGGCGUCUCUCCCGCUCCGGCUGCCAUGGCGUACGGACCGGCGUCGAGGCGCCGCGGCGUCGGGGUGUUUUGGGCAGGCGUGAUCUCCGCCUGGGCGCUGGCCGGGAGCAGCUCCCAGCAGCCCGGUGAGUCUCCCGCCUGUCCGCCCGCCCGCCCGCCCGACUUCCUCCUCCGGAUCGCAGGCAGGAGAGUUUCUCCAGGCUGGUCUUCCUCCUCAUCGGUAGACCAAUGCCUUGCUUGCCCCCCGGGGGAAGUUGCAUGAAACUAAUUUCAGCCUUGCAACGAAUGAGUAUUAGUAUUAAUAUUAUUAUCGAUGGUGCAUCUGAUGCAUGAAACGGAUUUCAGCCUUGCAAGGCAAUUAUUCGCAGUACCUUUAUUAUGGCUGAUGCAUGAAAUGGAUUUCAACCUUGCACAGAAAUUAUUCUUAUUGAAGAUGCAUGAAACAGAUUUCAACCUUGCAUAGAAAUUAUUAUUAUUGAACCUUCAGCCAUGGGGGCUGCUCAGACAUGGCUUCAUUAGGGUCGCUGAGGUUAAUGAGCCUGGUUAGGUGCACUGGGUGUCCCCAUCUUCAGGUGUACUUGUGCACCUGUGCAACGCAGGUGUGAGCACACAGACACCGAUGCAUCAAACUUAUUUCAGACUUAGAUACCCAUCAUCUUUCCCUUCCCUGUUUUCAGCCACUGCAAAUGGGUGCACUGGAACGAUUCCCCCUGGUGCCCUGACAUUUAAUGGUGUCCCCUGUUGGUGGAUGCUAAUAUAAUUCAGGCAUAUUUUUUUCUGCAGAGACAUCAUUUCAUAGAAUUGUAACGUUGGAAGGGACCCAAUGGGUCAUCUAGUCCAACCCACUGUAAAGGCAGAAAUGUAGGAAUCACAACCACCAUUUUUGUGUGUGUUGACUCUCUCUCUCCCUGUUGAUUUACACCCUCCUCUCAGCAGAUGACAGUGUGGUGCGGCUGUCUGGUGGGGUGUUCCAAAUCGGGGCAGGUUUCUUGGACGGUAAAAAAGGAGCCGGAGCCUUCAGGAUAGUCAAACCGUUCCUGAUGGACAAAUAUCCAGUCACCAACAAAGACUUCCGGUAAGGUAUAAAUCCCACGCUUGCUUGAGGCUGGCUGUGCUCCUGAGUCCGUGGGGAUGUGGCGUUGCAAAAUUGCAAUGAUUUCUGUCUCAAUAGGACAUAUAAAUAGGACUUCAGAGUGUUCAACAUGUUCUGCAUACAGUUUAUUUUUUAUUUCAUUUAUAAGAGUAUUUCUAAGCUGCCAGCUCGUUUCCCAUGCCUGUUCUACACUGGCUGGCAGCAACAGGGUGAUAUUUCCAGCUCUGGCUGAAAACGUCAGGGAUUUGAACACGAGACCAACUGCACAUCCUCUGCUGCUGAGCUACGAGGGCCCUUCCCUGAAGCCGAUAUCGAGAAAAUUCAAAUAUUGGCUAUAUAUGAUGCUCUAUGUAGUUUAACUGUCCAGUGGGAAGUGUUCAGAUUAGGACCAGUGUAAUUGAUGGCAAAAAAAUGAUGGUGCUUUCCUCUACAUUUAUAAAAUUAUGCAUGCGGUUGAGAAAGCGGACAGAGAAAAGCUUUUCUCCCUCUUUCUCGUAACAAUAGAACUCAUGGGCAUGCAGUGAAAGUGAAUGUGAGAAGAUUCAGGACAAAUAAAAGAAAGUCCUUCAUGCAGUAUAUAGUUAAACUGUGGAACUCACUCCCACUGGAGGCAUUGAUGCCCACCAACUUGGAUGGCUUUUUAAGAGGAUUAGAUGAAUUCAUGGAGGAAGAGAGGGCUAUCAGUGGCUACUAGCUGUGAUGACCAUAGUCUGUCUCCAUGGUUGGAGGCAGUAAUGUUUCUGAAUGCCAGUUGCUGGAAGCCGCAGGAGGGGAGAGGACUCCUGGGCUCAGGUCCUGCUUGCGGGUUUCCCAUUAAGGGCAUCUGGUUGGCCAGCGUGAGACCAGGUUGCUGGCCUAGAUGGGCCAUUGACCUGGUCCAGCUGGUUCUUUUCAUGAUCCUGCUAUCUCAGAUCUCCCAUCCAUUAGCCUCCCAGGAUGCUUAUGGUUGGGAAAACAAUAGGUAGAAAAAGAAAAUGGGUCAAGAGAGGUGUUCAGAUGUGCUGGAUGAGAAAAGUUGGACAGUCAAUCAAAGCCAGGCUUUGCCGGGGCUGAUGGGAGUUGUUGUCCAAAACAGCUGGAGGGCACCAGGUUGGGGGAGGCUGAUCUAGGGACUUGUGUCUAAGUUCCUGGUUUGAAAACCAACAGGGAGUUUGUGAGAGACCAGAAAUACAAAACAGAAGCUGAGCAAUACGGGUGGAGCUUUGUCUUUGAGGAUUUCGUCCCCGAAGAACUGAAGAAGAAAGUGACACGGAAACUGGAGGUAGGGGACAGCCCUAGAGACAAACAGUGUUUCUGGUGGGGCCUGAGGUCAUGGGGGUAAAUGUCCAUCAUAAGCCUGUUCCUGCAAACAAUAUGUUUCCUCCCCCCGAAGAUUCUGGAUGUUGUCCCUCCAAAAACUGAGACUCGCCAAAUCCUAAAGUUUCUGCCAUGCUAUAUAAAAGGCUAGCUUGAUGCUACCUGCCCAUGGUUUGCCCUGCUCUCAAGCCAUUGGCCAAGCUUCUGUGAUGUCACUAGUAAUACCUUUUUCCUAAAACGGGGACAUAAUUAUUGUAAGGGGGGGGAAGGGGGGCUACAUUAGCACUGGUGAGAUUUUUGCUUUGAACACGCUUUUCUUCCUCCUUUUAGUCUGCCCCGUGGUGGCUUCCUAUCGAGAAAGCGUUUUGGAGACAGGUGAGCCUUACAUAGGGACAGGGGAAUGUUCAUCCUUCUAUAAGAGUGAUGUCACUGAAAUGGUCCAUGUUGACAUCCAAGGAAAGGGAGUAAAAAGUGGCCAUUAGCUGGAGCCCACAGAUCAGCAUAGAGCCUAUAUUUGGAAACCGCUUCGAGGCUUUUCAAGCGAUGUAUGAACUCUGUGAAAUAAAGAAAUAAAAAUGUCACAGUUCACAACCUGACACACCAGAUCCAUAUUUCCAUCCACCUGUCGCAACAAGUAAAAGAACGUCCUUCAUGCAAUGCAUAGUUAAACUUUGGAACUCCCUCCCACUGGAGGCAAUGAUGGCCACCAACUUGGAUGGCUUUAAAAGAGGAUUAGGCAAAUCCAUGGAGGAAGAGAGGGCUAUUGAUGGCUGCUAGCCAGGAUGGCUACACUUUGCCUCCACGGUUGGAGGCAGUGAUGCUUCUGAAUAUCAGCUGCUUAAGCCACAGUGGGGGCGAGUGCUCUUGUGCUCAGCUCCUGCUUGCAAGUUUCCUAGAAGAGGCCACCGGUAGAACAGGAUGCUGCAAUAGAUGGGCCAUGACAAUGUCAGGCGAUUGACACUUGUCAAAGUUCAAGGGAGGUUGCUUUAACUUGCACCCAUCUGUCAGUGUCAAUUAGCUGAUUUGUCAGUUACAGGGAGCCCCUCUGAAGUCUCUGCAGAGGGGAAAUUGCUUCCCAAAACAGAACUUCCCCCCCCGAGAAAUCAGUUUGUCUUCAAAGUGCUGGAGGAAGCUCUUUCAAUGCAAGCCACUUCCUCCUCCUCCCUUGGCUACACUAGGAGGCUAGUUUGGUGUUUGCCCCAGAGAGGAGAAUGAGCAACAGGCUCGCCCCUCCACCACCCAGAUUAGGGCUAUGGUUCAGACUUUCUCGGGGCCCCUUGGUCCCAUAAACUCCUCCCCAGUGCUCCCUACCCUAUAAAAAGCAUUGUGCAGAAUAGCGGUUUGCAUGACCCGCUAAAGAAGAUUAUAACGCGGUAACAUUCAAAACAGUUACAACUAAUUGCACAUUUACUCAAAAAUCCUGCACUUGAUCCAGGGAUACCAGCUUCUCUGAUAGUCAGCGGUGGCCACCAUCCUGGGUCUGCGCUGGUGCUCUGUGUCAUUGUUCUUUACUGAUAUUGUGGGCUGGUUCAAGGCCUACUCAGAGGAACCCCAAUCAGCCCGCAGGUCCCGGAUCUGGCAUCAAGGAGAGGCUGGACUUCCCGGUGCUGCACGUGAGCUGGAACGAUGCCCAGGCCUUCUGCGCGUGGAGAGGGAAGAGGCUGCCGACGGAGGAGGAGUGGGAGUUUGCUGCCAGGGGGGGCCUGGAGAGUACGUAAGCGAAGGGCCUGGGGUCGCGGUGGCGGCAACUUCAUCCAGUCAGCAUAUCCAGACCAUGGGAGAGCAGGCUAAGUUUUUUGGAGGAAAAACCUCAUCCAAAGAGACCAGCUUCUGAGCACAAAGCUGGCUCUGAACGGCUUCAGGGCACAGGGAGGAGACAAAAACGAGAUUUAGAAGUAUUAUGUUAUUGCUGGCAGCUGUUUUUGUGCCCUAGAUUCCUAUAAAGUAGGGCAGGGGCUAUUUUUUCUCCCCUUUCCUCUCUGUCUCUCUCUCUUCUACCUCCUUUUCUUUCUCUCCCCUCUCUCUGUGCCACCCCCUUUACCCUCACCUUCCGCCCAUUCCAUCCAUGUGAAAUUUAGGCCUUCUAGGACCACAUAGGCAGUACAAGUGGCAGCAGAUUUGUGAGGGAUUCUCUGGUUAAAGUGGGGAGUGUGGCAUAAGGAGGACUCCCCCCCCACACACACACUACAUGCACAACCGGAUUCAGGAUCGGGGAAUCAAUUUAAGUUUAGCCCAAAGGCAGCAAAACCGUUCUGACCAUCUCUCUCUCUCUCUCUCUCUCUCUCUCUCUCUCUCUCUCUCUGUAUUCAGGCAUAAGGGGGGGUGGGUAAGAUUUCCGGCUGAGAUGCUGCUGUUCCCCUUCUGCAUCAUCAUCAGUCGUUUUAAUUUAACAUUUUUAGGAUAGGAUUAAAAUCACCCUUUCCUGCUCGCCUGGUUUGAUAAGAGAAGGUGGUGUUUGUGUAUGUAAACAUGUUGGAACUGAUAAAACCGGCUUAAAAAAUGAGCUUUUCUUUAAAAAAAUAAAAAUGACCUUUUCUUUUUCCCUCCCUAUUUUUUGCCAGACAGGUUGUAUCCUUGGGGGAACAAAUUCCUCGCCAACCGUACGAACCUCUGGCAGGUAGGAAAACUGGAGAGCGGGGCUUUGGGAACCUUGGUUCCAGCCUUCCCCCAACCUGGUGCCCCCGGCUGAUGAGAGUUGUAGUCGGAAACACCUGGCAUACAGCCUACUAGUCUUCCAUUUGUGUUUUGUCCUGACUCCUAUUUAUUUAUUACAUUUAUAUCCUGCCUUUCCUCUAAGGAGCUCUAGGUGGCAUAUCUGGUUCUCUCCCCGUUUGUUCUUCAAAACAGCCCUGUGAGGUAAAUUAAGCUGAGAGGCAGAGUGGUUGCCCAGCAAGGUUCAUGACUAAACGUGGAGGGUGAGGAUUUGAACCCUGGUAUGUCUGAGGCCCUAGACUGACACUCUAACCACUAUGCCACAGCUGGCUGUGAAAGACUGGCCCCUUCUACAGGAGACUCUGUGACUGCAAUAUCUCCCCAGCCUCCGGGGAUUCUUAGGAAAGCAACAAAGCCACACUCAAACUUUGGAACUCCCUGCCUCUUGACAUCAGGCAGGCGCCUUCACUGGACUCUUUUUGGUGCCUGCUAAAAAACAUUUCUGUUUCGACAAGCUCACCUGGAUGUUUAGAAAGCUAAUGAAAAUUUUAAUUCUGUUUUUAGUCUAUUGUUAUUUCAGCUUUUCGAAAGCCUGAAAUGAUUGCUGUUAUUUUUGCUUAUCAAUAGCAUUACUGUUUUAUCAUUUUCGUAAUCCCCUUUGAGGUGUUUUUUUCUAUAUGAAAUAAAAUAAAAAGCUUGUAUCCCACAUGCCUUUAACUCUGUGGCGUGACCACACUUGGAAUAUGCUGUGCAGUUUUGGCAGCUGCAUCUCAGAAAGCCCCCUGACCAUUUCCUGCUUAGUCUAAACCUCUGAACCUUCUGUUUUUAUUAUCAAUAAACAAAAUAAGCCAAAGACAAGGAGCAUAAGGAAAGACCAUUACAGCAUGUUGAAAGCAGCAUACGGUUGGACAUUAACUUGUUGUUACAAACGUUAUGAAAAAUACAAACGAACCUGGUUUAUAUGUAUAAUUUUGCAAUAAGUCAAUUAAUCAUAGUUACUGUAAAUAUUUUUUCUCAAUCCAUUUGGAUAUGCAGGCAACCCCCAAUCUGUUCCAGGUCAUCUCACACAAUGACGGAGCACGCAUAAGCCACUUCCAGGUCACUGCGAUGCAUGCGUGGUGCACAUCAAUAGGAUGUGCUUAAAUCAGUCAUUGCCACCCCCCAAUUACUAGCUGUUAUAAUCUCAGCAGCAGCUAUAACAUUGAAACACUAUUUUUUGAUCAUUUCCUGCAAUAACAGGAUAAUCAAGCAGAAAUAUUUUAGGUUCCCAGGGUAUAUGGUAUCCUAACAUAUCAGAGCUAUUAGCCUGAAAGGAUUACCAGAUUUCUGCAGCUUCUUAACGGACGCAAUCCUGAGUGUUUUUUCAAGGCCGGUUCUCACGUUUUGCUGCCCUUAGUUACAACUGAAUCGGCUUAUGCCCUGGGAUGUCCUUUGGGGCUUGUGACUCCAGCUGUGCAACACACACACACACACACACACGAGUAUUGAGUGGAUGCUCCUUCCCUCUUUCCCCACAGGGCGAUUUUCCUGCUGUCGACACAGCCGAGGACGGCUACCAUGGGGUCUCCCCAGUGGCUGCGUUUCCUCCUCAGAACAACUACGGUAAGAAAAGUUUAUUUAUUGCAUUGAUAUCCCACUUUUUCUUCCAAGGAGCUCGAGGUGGUGCACAUGGUUCUCCCCCUCCCAUUUUACCCUCACAACUACCCUGCAAAGGCUGAGAGGCAGAGACUAGCCCAGGUAUCUUCAUGAUGGCCGAGGGGUGAUUUGAACCCUGGUCUCCUAAACCCUAGUCUUGACACUCUAACCACUGUGCCACACUGGCAACUCCUCCUUCUAGACUCCACAGAGCUUCCUGGGAUCGCUCAGUUAGUGGAGCGUGAGGCUCUUAAGGUCAGGGAUGUGGGUUCGAGCCCCACGUUGGGCAAAAGAUUCUUGCUUUGCAGGGGCUGUUGGACUAAAUGGCCUUUCCAGCUCUGUUUUUGUGAUUCCAUACUCUGUUACCAGGAUUUGGUUUGAAUCUUCCUUUAGCUAUCCCACCCACCUGAAAAGCCCUGGCCAAUGAGCUACAGUAGUUUUGGUUCCUGAACAUGUGCAGAGUGCAUUUUCCUCCCCAAUGAGCUUCUAGGAGGUCAGCAAGUAGCCUAACCAGCUGCUGUUGCUCUGUAUCCCAGGGUUAUAUGACCUGUUAGGAAAUACCUGGGAAUGGACAGACUCAGAGUAUAGUCCAGAGGGGCCUACUGGGGUCCGCCACUCUGCUCAGGGGAUGCGUGUUCUGCGAGGAGCCUCUUGGAUUGACACGGUGGACGGAUCAGCCAAUCACAAGGCUCAGCUGACGACAAGGUAGGUUGGCCCUUGGGCUCCUCAUUAACACCGCCCCACCCACCUGCUCCACCCACUAAUAUUUAGCACUCAUUUUGAAAACUGAAUGUCUCAGCUGUCCAAAACAGACUCCCGUUUUCUGAAUCUGACAGUCGUAACUGAGGUUUCACAAUUUAAAUCUCUGAAAUUUUGGUUUUGUGGGAAUGGUUUUUAAAAACACACACAGGCGACAUUUCUCCCUGAGGUAUUAAGCCACAUUCACUUGACAGUAGUCCAUAUUGCAGUCAGUGGGGCUUACUUCUGAGUAAAAUAGCACUGAUUCUAACAGGGAUGAAGAACUUCGGGGUUGCAACCCUGGAGCGCUGCUGCCAGUCAGUGUAGACGGUACUGAACUAGAUGGACCUGAUGGUUUGAUUCUGUCGAUGGCAGCUUCUUACAUUCCUAUGAAUUUGUCUGAUCCCCUUGUAGAGCCCUUGAUUUAGGUUCAUGAGGACGAGGGACCUUCAAAGGGAGGGCUGUGAGCUCAGGGCAGCUGCCUGGCAUGCAGAAGGUCCCAGUGGCCUCUCUUAAGUAGCACUGAGAAAAGACUCCCUGGAGAGCCACUGCUGCCAGUCAGUGCCAACAAUACUGAGGUGGGCUGGUGGGCUGACUCAGUAUGAAGCAGCUUCUUGGGAACUAACCUUUCCCCCUUUCGCUCCUUAGGAUGGGGAACACUCCAGACUCGGCCUCGGACAACCUGAGCUUCCGGUGUGCUGCCAGCCUUGCCGAGCAGCCGCCCCCAGCAACUGGGAGCGAAAAAGCAGAGCUCUGAAGGUGCUUCCUCCCAAAAGGAAGGAACAGACCUUUUCUCCCGUGGAGAGACCAGAUCCCCGCUUUGGUUCUGGGGAGGAGCCUCUUGUAAAAUGAGGUUUAGGAAGGGCUGAAUUGAUGAUGCUGCAAGUUUGAGGCAAAGGUGUCUUCCCCAACCUGGUAUCUUUCAUAUGUGGUCAGACCCUAAGGGUCAACCCUCGGCAAUGCAGGAAUUACAGCUCUAUAUCAGAAUCAUAGUGUUGGAAAGGACUCUGAGGAUCAUCUAGUCCAACCCCCUGCAAUGUAGGAAUAUGCAGUUGUCCCAUAUGGGGAUCAAACCUACAACCUUGCUGUAACCAACGGAAGGCCACCCAACCUUUCUAUAAAAACCUCCCACCAAGGAGAGUCCACCACCUUCCAAGGGAGCCUGUUCCUCUGUCCAACUGUUCUUACUGUCAGAAGUUCUUUGUAAUGUUUAGUUGGAAUCUCCUUUCCUGCCAUUUGAACCCAUUGUUUCAUGUCUGACCCUCUGGAGCAGCAGGAAAUAAGCUUGCUCCAUCUUCCACAUGGCAGCCCUUCAGAAACUGGAAGAGGGGUCUUGUUUCACCUCUCCAGGCUCAACAUGCCCAACACCCUCAGCUGCUCCCUGAGCUUGGCUUCCAGACCCUUCAUCAUCUGGGUCACCCUUCCCUGCAAAUGUUCCAGAGAGGUUGAUGGGAGUUUGAGUCCAGCCACGUCCAGAGGGUACCAGAUUGUGGGAGGCUGAGCUGCAGAACACUGCAGAAUAAACGGAUUAUAACUUGGAAGCGCACAGAGGCGCCUGUUUUAUCAUAGGAUUCUAGAGUUGGAAGGAGACCAAAUGGUCCUCUAGUUGAACCCCCUGCUAUAUGAAGAACCCUGUAGACGUCGCUAAGCAAGUGAUUCGAUGAAGCAAGAUGUCGCUGUGCAAUGAACAAAAGUCCACAUCCAAUAAAUAAAGCACAUUUAUUCAUUCUUAAAUCAAUCCCUCCCCUAGAAAACCAAUCCAUUCCCUUCCGUGUGUGCAGCUGUAAUAAAUAGUCAUAAUAAAUAAUUUCACACCCCUGAGCUAUUGGGCUGAUGCUAUAUAUAGCGGGAAGUGUGGGGAACAUCCCUAGCCCUCCAGAUGUUGUUGAAGUGCAACUCCCAUCAGCCCUGACCAUUGGUUGUGCUUGCUAGGGCUGAUGGGAGUUGUAGCUCAUCAGCACCUUUUCUAAGGCUUGCUGGACACUCACUUUGCCACUGGGCAUCACAAUACAGACAUGAAGCAGCAGUUGUGUUCCAGAGUCCAUGGCAGGCCAACCAGAGGAGGCAAAGACCUCCCUCCUGGUCCAGCAUCCGUGUUUCCAACGCUGGCUGCACAGACGCCUUCAGGAACACGAGAAGCCGAACUUGAAAGCAAGAGGCAACCCCAACUCCCCCUGCCCAAUCCCAUUGUUUGUGCCCUAUGAUCUGGUAUUCUGAGGUAUACAGCCUCUGACACUGGAGGUUCCAUGUUUAUCUCUUGCCACUCACAGCUCCUGGAAAACCCCAUGCAUUUGUCUAGUCUUAAAAGAUUUCUUGGGGCAGCAAAUUCAAUAUUUCUAACAGGUUUAAGGGCCUUGGGACUCCUUUCCAUACAGCAGCUUCUCUGCCUCAUUUAAGCAGCCAUACACUGGGGGUGAAAAGAAGCUUGCUUCACCUGUUGAGUUUCUCCAGAGGCCCUGUUGAAUAUUUUCCUGCCAUGCACUCCUUUUUACGUUGCAUGGAGAUGACCCUUCAGUGGCUGGAGUUUACCGCUUCAAAAUUGUUAACAGAAUCAGAAUUGUGAGCUGGAAGGGGCCACAAGGAUUAUCGAGUUCAAGCCCCUGCAAUGCAGGAAUAUUUGAUGCCUGCAUUUAAUUUCUGAGUAUAUAUCGCCUUGCAUAUUUUUGUCUGCCACUCUUAGGAUGGGGCUGGAUAAAGAUUUAAACAAUGUCCCACCCUACCCCCCCAGUCCAGGAAGAAAAACCAGACAAAAUUCUGCAAGUUUCUAGAGCACUACUAUACUGUUAUAAUUUUGGUGUGUCUCAGACUGUGUAAUUAAGGAAAGUAUAUAUAAUGAGAGCAUGUGGUAUAGUGGUUAGAUUGCCAGACUAAGACUUUGGGUUCAAAUCUCCACCCCAGCUCAGCCAUAAAGUUCUCUGGAGAUUGCUCACCCUAGCCUACCUCACAGGGUUGCAGGGAAGAUAAAAAUGGUGAGCAGGAAGUGUUGCUGAGCUCCAUGGAGAAAAGGCAAUAUGAGUUGUUGUUUUUAAAGUAAAUAAUAAAGUUUUGCUUUAGCUGUUAAC